AUGAGCUCGGUCGAAUCCCUGAUCCGGAGCACAGCGGCCGCCGAAUUCCCCGAUGAGGAGCUGGACGACGAGAUGGUGAUGCGACUGCAGGUUGAGCUGCUGCAAGAUGAAUACCUCGAACUUCAACAAGACGAAGACCGUGCCUGCUAUGAGGCCAAUUUUGCCGACACGCUCGAGUGCCCGUCCUGUAAGACUCCAGACAUCCAACAACUCGACGCUUGGUUGAUCGACACUUACAAACAACACGAAACGAGCUGCUCGCCGAUUCUUGAGGUUGCUUCCAGCCGAUACGCCGACCAGCCGCUUCAACUCAACUGCCCGUUUUGCGGGUUCGAAAAAUCGUUCGUUGCC